AUGGCGGACUCGACGAAGCCGGCCAGCAAGGCCCCAGAGAUCUCUGCCGAGGCCAAGAAAGCUGCAAAGGAGCUGUACCCCAUGUCCAACUGGAAAUACGACGCCUUCCUCCACACCUUUUCCAUCCUUGUCGACCUCUUCUUCCGCGAGGUGCACCCUCGUGGAGCCUGGCGUGUCCCGAGGACGGGCCCGAUCCUCUUCGUCGCCGCGCCCCAUGCCAAUCAGUUCGUGGACGGCCUGGUCCUCCAACGAUCCCUCAAGAACGAAGCAGAUCGCCGGGUCAGCCUGCUUAUCGCGCAAAAGUCUGUCCAUGGCUUCAUCGGAUGGGGUUCUCGCCUCAUGGGUUCAGUCCCCGUGGGCCGGGCUCAAGACAAAGCGAAGCCCGCCAAGGGCUUGAUCUACCUGCCUGACCCUGUCAACGAUCCCACAUUGAUUCGGGGCGUCGGUACAGAUUUCGAGAAAGAGGCGGAAGUAGGCGGCAUGUUGUUUCUGCCGUCCGCCAAGGGACAGUCUGGAACGUCUGUCGACAUUGCCAAGAUCUUGGGUCCAGAGGAGAUUCGCAUCAAGCGUGCGCCCCAGGGCAAGCUCGCCAUGUUCCAGCUCACUGGCCGGGACGACCUUGACGCCGAAGGCAAGCUCACGAACCCCCAACGCAAGGGGCCAAGAGAUGGCUAUGAGGGCACCAAGUACAAAGUCGCACCUCAUAUCGACCAGUCGGAAGUUUACCAGGCCAUUUUUGACAGGCUGCAAAAUGGAGGGUGUGUUGGCAUUUUCCCCGAGGGCGGCAGCCAUGACCGCACCGAACUCCUCCCGCUGAAGGCUGGUGUCGCCAUCAUGGCUCUGGGCACACUCGCGCAAGAUCCCGACUGUGGUCUUAAGAUUGUGCCCGUGGGCAUGAACUAUUUCCAUGCGCACAAGUUCCGCUCCCGGGCCGUGGUCGAGUUUGGCGCACCGUUCGAGGUCCCGCGGGAAUUGCUAGACAUGUACAUGAACAACCAGAGGCGAGAUGCGAUCGGACAGUUACUCGACAUGUGUUGGCAGUCUCUCAGUGCUGUCACUGUCUCAGCUCCUGAUUACGACACGUUGAUGCUCAUUCAGGCCUGCAGACGACUCUACGUCACAGGCAAGAAGGUGCCUCUGCCCACAGUGGUCGAACUCAACCGACGACUUGCUGUUGGCUUUUCGAAGCUGAAGGACGACCCGCGAAUCAUCAAAGUUAUGGCAGAUGUACGCAAAUAUGACAAGCAGCUCAGAUACCUAAACGUCAAGGACCAUCAACUUGCGGUGGCCAGGCUCUCGGUCCCAACCGUCAUCUUUACGCUGCUGUACCGCGUAGCCAAGAUCUUGGUUCUGUCGGUCGGCGUAGUACCAGGCCUGAUUCUCUUCACGCCAGUGUUCAUUACCACCAAGGUCAUUUCUGUGAGAAAAGCCAAGGAAGCGCUUGCUGGAUCGUCAGUCAAGAUCCAGGGCAGAGAUGUCAUGGCGACAUGGAAGCUCCUGGUAGCCAUGGCGUUCGCGCCUAUCGUCUACAACUUCUACUGCAUUCUCCUCGCGUACAAGGUGCACACGGACCGGCUCUACGGAUAUGUGCCGGAAUGGGUGUCCAUCUGGAUGAUCUUUAUUGCUGGCUGGAUCGUGUUCCCGGCCAUCACGUAUGCGUCACUACGCUUCGGCGAGGUCGGGAUGGACAUUCUCAAGUCGCUGCGGCCAUUGAUUUUGUGCAUCAACCCUGCGUCCAGCUACAGUUUGCAAAAGCUCCGAGAAAGACGCGCAGUCCUCGUCGAGGAGGUCGUCGAGGUCAUCAACCAGCUCGGACCCGAGAUCCACUCUGACUUUGAGCGCACACGGCUUAUCUCCGACCCUUACCACGGGGAGCCCACGUCUGGCUCCAGGACCGAGGAGGGCAAUGUUGACGGGUACGACGAGGGCGCGGGGCACCUGGACGCCCCCGAGUCGCCCCAGGCUCUGCGGCGGAGAGACACGACUCAGUCCAGCCGAGCGAUUCCCAGGACGGAAUCGUUCAGCAACAUUGGCGCGAUUGGCAUGUUUGCCUCGCGACCACCGUCCCGGUCGCGCAGCCGGAGCAGGCAGAACAGCAUGGGUGGGGGUUUUGGCAUGGGAGGGUUCCCGAUCUCUGGCUUUACGAGCCUGGACUCGCGGGAAGGGUUUAAUGAGGCGAGCAGCAAGAUCCGCGAAGCCAUGUACGAGCGUGGGCAGAUGCGGCGGAGGAAGAGCGGCUUCUCGACCGACGGUAGCACCGUGGGUGAUGGAAGCGAAGAGGGAUGGGAAGAGGCGAAGAAGUCGGCUUGA